AUGCAAUCGAAUCUUGCAAGCCUGCCCCCUAUGGACGCGCUUGCUCAGCAUGUUCCAGAGCAAAGUGCAAGUGCUUCUACCGUACGGACGGUUCCGGAUGCGAGCGGCAGUUGUCACCGACUAGGAAAGACAUGCGAGCCAUCAAACACUGUUCGUAAACGGAAAGCUCGCGACGGUUCCCCUCCUGUUCGAAGACUGUCGCCCCCUUCGCGAGGCCUGCUGGAAGAGAAAUUGGACGACCUUGUAACACUUCUACGAUCUCAAGCUACGGCUGGUCGUGAAGCACAGGACUACAAAUCGUCCCCGUCGUCCCUUGCUACAUCCCCGGAGUCAAGGAAGCCAAAUCCUUUGAACGCGGUUCUCAAUCCCGAUGUUGUCUUGGACACAGUUGAGACUUUUAUUGAUCUCCUUCGUCCCCCUGAAUCGCAGACGGGCUACCAAGAUCGUGAUUCAGACAUGGGGCCAUCCUCACCGAUAUUCCAUGAUGUCGAGAUCCAUCAUGUUCCUGAUUUGGAGGCAGAGGACAGGUUGAAUAUCUUCCGACGGGCAUUUAUACCAACUUUUCCAUUUGUCCAUCUUCCGCCUGCAAUCCAUUCAGCAGAGUUGCGCCGCCAGAAACCAUUCUUGUGGCUGGUUAUAAUGUCAUUAACGGACAGAGUGGUCGAUCGCCAGUUUGCAAUGGAAGACACGAUUUGGAAGAUUAUCUCACAUCGGAUCGUAACACAACACCAUGCCGACCUGGACUCCCUUCUAGCAAUCAUAUGCUUCUCAAAUUGGUCCCACUAUUACAAGCAGGAAACACCGUUCAUGAAUAUGUUGACACAGUUGGCUUUGACUGUUGCAUUUGAAAUGGACCUGAACAAAGAGAGCCACUCAGCAUCUCAACAAGGCCCAAGGUACGGCCGAAUCUCAAGCCGGUCUAAUACUCAGACGGAUACUCGUACUCUGGAGGAGAGACGAGCAUAUGUCGCUUUGGUAAAGCUCACAUCAACGACCUGGGAAGCGUAUAGGAAAUUCCGACCGCUCGGCUGGACUCCAUAUCUCGGGAAGUGUUUACGGAUCCUCGCAGAGACGAAGGAAACGAAACUUGACGCCUCUUUGGCUGCUCAAGUAAGCUGCCAGAUUUUCAUUAACCCGAUUUUGUAUCCCUCGUUAGAAGAGACAGGGGACGAAAGUAAGGGCCAACCCAUAACGAGAUCGUUGUUCGCCGCCUCCAUUCGGAAUAUUCAAGAAAUCAAGCGGGGCUUGCUACCCGAGUUACUGUCAAGUUGCCCUUUGCGGCUCUAUUUCAACAUUGCGGAACUGAAACUGAGAGACCGAUUCUUAAACACUACAAGGGAGGCAAGAGACCCUCAAGAUCAACUUCAGAGGAUACAAGACCUGGAAGCUACAAUGGAAUGUGUGGAGAGAUGUCUGAGCGUGAUACACGAUAUGCCCCUCGAGGACUGGGUCGGCGUAACAGUGGAUAAAUUCUCGGAAUUCAUGCACUGCUUGAUUGCUCUCUUCAAGCUCACAACACUCAGCGAGCCACUGUGGGACACUGAAGAGGUGAGGAAGAGAGCAGACGUUCUCCAACUGAUGGACAAGUACUGUGAAACCAUGUCCCGCGUCGCCGUCGAAACACGGAUGGUGGACGCUGAGCUGCCACGGAAAGGACUGUUCUUCAAGGGACCUAGUUUACUUCGGGCGAUCAGGGCUUUGAUGGCUGCCGAGAUGGCAAACAAAGGAAGCUCUUCGGCGAUUGAAAAGGCUCCGGCCGGGGACCAUGCCAUGGAAAUCAUGCCAGACGCCCCGUUUGAUGCGGACUCCCAGAACAGCUUUCUGUUAAACUUGGAUGCUGAGCCCUGGUUGUCUGAUCUCUUUAUUGACUCUUGGGCUCUUGAUCUAGAUGGUACCGCUACUUUCAUAUAA